AUGUCUUUGCCCGUGUGGAGUUUUAAAGUUCAAAUCUUACCACCUUCAUCUCCGCCUAUCAACAUAGUUGUAGAACAAACGGAGUCUCCCGGAGAACUGUUUGUAUCGUGGCUGCCUCCACCAAAGGAGUCUCACAACGGCAUCAUAACUGGAUACCACGUGAAGGCAGUACCACAAAAUGUACCUACAAAUUCAGAGGACAGCGACACAAGAACACUGAAAGUUUCGCAAAAGUCUGGUAAACAGGAAACUAAAAUAAGUGGUCUGCUGAAGAAUACAAGAUACGCAGUUUCCAUUUCCGCGUUCAACGGCGCUGGUUCUGGACCCUUUUCAUUGCCCGUGUUCCAAGAUACUAUGGAAGGAGCGCCGGAACACGCGCCUACGUCAGUGGAAUGUACGGCAAUAUCUUCAAGUUCGCUGCGCGUAGGUUGGCAGCCGCUCGCCGCGCCCGCGCUCGCCUCCUCGCUGCUCGGCUACACCGUGCUCUACGCUACUGAAGAUAAUGUUUGGCAGAACCAAACGUCACUCCACACGGAGUUGUACUUACAAGCUCUGAUGAAGUAUACAAACUACACGGUGAAAGUGGCCGGAUACUCCAACUACGGGCCUGGACCCUACUCGUAUCCAAUCGUAUGCGCCACCUUGCAGGAUGUUCCUGAUCCGCCAGCGGAUAUCAAAGUUUUAGUACUAUCGCCGACUUCACUGCUCGUGAGCUGGAAGCCACCUGAACAUCCAAAUGGAGAGUUACUUUACUACACUGUUUAUAUCAAGCCUACAUCUAGCAACGGUCCGGCGCAGAGCGAGCGCGCGGAGGCGGCGAGCCGCACGGCGGCGCUAAAACCACUUAACUGGUAA